AUGGGGGGGCGCGAGGCGAGCUCGAGUCAGGGCGGAGGGUUCGGCGGAGGGUUCGGCGGGGGGUUCGGCGCGCCGACGAGUCCGCGGAGCUUAGCCGCGGCGGGAUUGGGGGUGUACGGAGGGAAGUUUUUGAACGACGGCGCGUCGUUCGUGAGUUCGAAUUACGCCAAGUAUUUCAGCACGGCGUCGAUGCGGGCGUACUUCGACGUCACCGAGUCGUACGUGUUUCACAAGAUGCGAUUGGUGUUGUGUCCGUUUUUGCAUAAAGGUUCGUGGGCGCGAUUGCCCGAGAGCGUGGCGGGAGGCACGGCGUACAAACCGCCGCGGAACGAUAUCAACGCGCCGGAUUUGUACAUUCCACUCAUGGCGUUCUGGACGUACGUGCUCACGGCUUCGAUUCGCGAAGUGUUUUCGUCCAAGAGCGGUUCGUUUACGCCCGAGGCGCUCGCGACGCACGCGUGGUGGAGCGGGCUGCUGUGGGCGGGCGAGUCGGCGUUUAUUUGGGUGGCGCUGCGUUCGACGAGCUCGGCGAACCACAUCGUGUCGGCGCCGAUUCUCGACGUCGCGGCGUACGUCGGGUACACCUUUACGUACGGCUCGAUGACGCUCAUGUCGAAAAUGUUCAACAAGACGUACGUGUUUUGGUUUUUCCUCAUUUGGUCUGCGCUGUGCAACGCGGUGUUCAUGGCGAAAACUUUGAAGCGAAUCAUCUUCAGCGAGGCGAGACACAGCGGUUAUUCGCAGAGCAUGUCACAAAACUACGUGUUGCUCGCCGUCGUCGUCGCGCAGCCAUUCAUACAUUUCUGGCUAUGCCGAACGCCGUAA